AUAUUUAUACGUAUCUGUCGUUAAAAAAUAGAUUUUUGGUUAUAUUUGUCUGAAAACUAACAGAUCUGUCACACCAGAAGUGAAGCUUGGUCGUUAGCUCUUCACAAUGGCAACUUCCCUUGGAGCAAAUCGCUACAAUCGUCAAAACUGGGAAGAAUCUGACUUUCCAAUUUUGUGUCAGACAUGCCUUGGAGACAAUCCAUAUAUACGCAUGACUAAGGAAACUUAUGGAAAAGAAUGUAAAAUAUGUGAUCGGCCAUUCACAGUGUUCCGUUGGUGUCCCGGCGCGCGCAUGAGGUUUAAGAAAACUGAGGUUUGUCAGACUUGUUCAAAACUUAAGAACAUUUGUCAGACAUGUCUGUUGGAUUUGGAGUAUGGUUUGCCGGUUCAAACAAGAGAUGAAGCUUUGGCAAUAAAAGAUGACAUUCCAAAGUCCGAUGUUAACAAAGAAUUCUACACUCAAAACAUGGAGAGAGAGAUUGCCAAUACUGAUGGUACAGUUGCUGUUGGCUCAGUAGGCAAAGCACAGGCACCAAGUGAUCUUUUAGUUCGAAUGGCACGCACCACACCUUACUAUAAACGUAACAGACCUCAUAUCUGCUCUUUCUGGGUGAAAGGUGAAUGUAAAAGAGGGGAGGAAUGCCCAUACAGGCACGAGAAGCCAACAGAUCCAGAUGAUCCUCUGUCUGACCAGAACAUCAAAGAUCGGUAUUACGGGAUAAAUGAUCCCGUUGCCAACAAAUUGAUGCGAAGAGCAACUGAGAGCGCUGAGCAGGAGGCGGUAGCUCCUCCAGAAGAUCAGACGAUAACAACUCUAUAUAUUGGAGGACUAGGAGAGGCUGUCAAUGAGGAAGAUCUUAGAGACCAGUUUUACCAUUAUGGUGAGAUUCGUUCAAUCCACAUGGCAACCAACCAAAAUUAUGCAUUCGUCCAGUUCACCAAACGCAGUGAUGCUGAAACUGCAGCAAAGAGAACCGCUGGCAGACUCAUGAUCAAAGGAAAAAGAAUUGUUGUUCGUUGGGGCAAAUCUCAAGGCUCAAUCAAAAAAGGUGGAGAUAAAGGAGAUAAGUCUUCUCAUAGUUCAUACAACCCUGUACCUGGUCUACCUGGUGCACUACCAAUGCCAUCUGAAAUUGGUGAUGGUGCAAAAUAUAAGAAUUAUAACUACAUGGAGCCUCCACCCCCUGGAACCAUCCCGAUGCCUGGAAUGAACCAACCACCUCGUAUGCCACCUCCCCCACCACCAAUGCACAUGAUGCCACCGCCAGGGUACCAAGGAAUGCCAGGCCCUCGUAUGCCCGUACAUUAUCCAUCACAAGACCCUCAUCGAAUGGGUGCAAAUAUGUAGGAAAAUUCAACCAAACCAAGUCUUAGACAACCUUUACCAAUGAUCAGGCCCCCUGUACAUUUUUGGUUUACAUUUUUUGUGCAAAAAUCAAGCUGAAAAAGAUUUUGAUGCUGCUAAAUGUAUAACGUCAUCAAAGCUUUUACAUUAAAAUGUUUUACAUCAAAAGCCUUUGUUGGAACUGAAAUACAAACCAUAUCAGCUUGUCAAUGUUGUCUUUUCUUGAGUCUACUGGGAAAGAAGAAGAAAUUUUG